CGUGACUGAAAAGCAGGUUUAAAAGCAGGUUGUUGUACCGUAGAUUAGUUUAAAGCGAUAAUGGAUGAUGAGGAGGAGACUUAUCGAUUAUGGAAAAUCCGUAAGACCAUAAUGCAGCUCUGCCACGAUCGAGGAUAUCUGGUGACCCAAGACGAGCUGGACCAGACCUUGGACGAGUUUAAAGGUCAGUUUGGAGACAGACCCAGCGAGGGUCGACCCCGACGGACGGACCUCACCGUGCUGGUGGCCCACAACGACGACCCCACCGACCAGAUGUUUGUGUUCUUUCCAGAGGAGAUGAAAGUGGGCAUCAAGACCAUUAAGAUGUACUGCCAGCGGAUGCAGGAAGAAAACAUUACUCGGGCCGUAAUCGUCGUCCAGACGGGCAUGACCCCUUCAGCUAAACAGUCUUUGGUUGAUAUGGCACCAAAAUACAUCCUGGAACAGUUUCUACAGCAAGAGCUGCUCAUAAACAUCACAGAGCACGAGUUGGUUCCUGAACACAUCGUUAUGACAAGAGAGGAAGUGACAGAGCUAUUGGCCAGAUAUAAACUCAAGGAGACGCAGUUACCCAGAAUUCAGUCGGGAGAUCCCGUGGCGCGAUAUUUCGGGCUGAAACGAGGGCAGGUGAGUGGGCUGUACGAUCGUGGUUUAGUUCAAGCCUGGAUGUCAGCUAUAAAGGUGUCUGUUUGUGUCUAACAGGUGGUGAAGAUCAUCCGGCCGAGUGAAACAGCCGGACGCUACAUCACGUACAGACUCGUACAGUGAGGACGGUUACUUUCAGUUACGCGUUUUGGCUUUUCUUUGCUGUCCGUUUCUUUCUACCUUUUUCGUUUUCUUUGACUGAGAUUCCUGAGAUCAAAGGCAACAGUUAUGCAUUUAGAUUUAUUUACGUUAAAAAAAAAAAGCCAGCUGUAAGAUGCCUACAUCAGCUGCAAACAGAAUAAAUAAGAUUUACAUCGA